AUGAGUACCAAAAAGAAUUUUGUCACUGUUGAGGGUGUAGUUACGAUAGCAUAUCCUAAUGGUAUGUUCUUAGUCCAUCUAGAUAACGAUAUAGAUGUUUUAACGGUUGUAUCAGGUAAAAUUAGAUAUCGAACAAUACGAGUAGUACCGGGAGAUAGAGUGACAGUUGAAUUACCUCUUUACGAUUUAAGCAAAGGACGUAUAAUAUAUAGACAUCCCGUCAAACGAAAUGAUGAUGAUGACUUUAUAUCUGCUACUGAUCAAUAUUGA